GUUGUCACAGUUUCAAGACCAAGGAUCUUAUCCUGCGUGAAGCUCGAAUGAGGGGCAACCUGUCACAUAAAGGGCAUCCAUUCCGUGUCUAUGAGGAUUAUGCGCCCGAUGUGGCAAAGUAUCGCGCCGACUACAGAGAUGUCAUGACCAAACUCUACAAACUCCAUCUUCGCCCAGCCUUACUCUUCCCUGCAAGACUAAGAAUUACCCCGCCUUCCGGUGAGAAGAUUUGGCUCUCCUCGGUUUUGGACGCAGAGAAGUUUAUCCGGGGAUAUACACCAAUCCCCCGUACAGGCCCAAGACAUAAAGUCGCCUGAAAGCUGUGUAGCAAUAAUUCCAGCUUCUGACCAAGAAUCAUGGAUACCUUUCAUGUGAGUACUCACACACCAGAUUUUUUUUACAUACCUCAGAAGGAAGAUACCUCAAUAUCUGGAAGCACUGUCUCAUGUACAACUGUUAAUGCUAUCUGAAAAAUCUAACAAAAUGUUGACUUGAUCGUUUCAUCAAGACCUUCUCAUCACAAGUUGGAACUAGUGGUCAACAUUGGGACAAUGCCGCCCAAAAUAACAGGGACCAACAUUUUCAUGGAGUGAGCAAGACCUGUCAGCAGAGCUCACUGGAGCAGGGAGACAUCCCAUCACCCUUUUGGCACCUGACAAAAUCACCACAGCAGCCGAAUUUGCUGUGCAGAGGGAGGAGAUCCUCCGAGCAUCAGGCCUCAUCCCGUCACAGAGGGAGGAAAUGCUCCGAGCAUCAGGCCUCAUCCUGUCACAGAGGGAGGGUAUCCUCCAAACAGCCAGUGUCCCUUCACAGAGGAAGGGGAUUCUCCCAGCAGCUAACAUCACUGUGCAGAGGGAGGAGAUCUUCCGAGCAUCAGGCCUCAUCCCUGAAGAGAGGGAGGACAUCCGCCUCACAGCCAGUGUCCCUGCACAGAGGGAGGGGAUUCUUCCAGCAGCUACUGCAGCUACUGUCACUGUGCGAAAGGAGAAGAUCCUCCGAGCAUCAGGCCUCAUUUCUGCACAAAAGGAGUUGAUCCACCUGAUGGCCAGUGUCACUGCGCAGAGGAAGGGAAUCGUCCCAAUGGUCAGCGUCCCUGCGCACAAGGAGGGGAUCGUCCAAAAGGCUAGUGUCCCUGCUGAGAGGUUGGAGAUCCUCCGAGCAUCAGGCCUCAUCCCGCCACAGAGGGAGGGGAAUGUCCGAACAGCCAGUGUCCCAGCACAGAGGGGUGGGAUUCUCUCAGCAGCCAGCAUCACUGAACAGAGGGAGGGAAUUCUUCCAGCAGCUUCUAUCACUGUGCCGAAGAAGAAGAUCCUCAGAGCAUCAGGCCUCAUACCUGCACAAAAGGAGUUGAUCCACCUGAUGGCCAGUGUCACUGCGCAGAGGAAGGGAAUCGUUCCAAUGGUCAGCGUCCCUGCGCACAGGGAGGGGAUCGUCCCAAAGGCCAGUGUCCCUGCUGAGAGGGAGGAGAUCCUCCGAGCAUCAGGCCUCAUCCCGCCACAGAGGGAGGGGAAUGUCCGAACAGCCAGUGUCCCAGCACAGAGGGAUGGGAUUCUCUCAGCAGCCAGCAUCACUGAACAGAGGGAGGAGAUCCUCCGAGCAUCAGGCCUCAUCCCAUCACAGAGGGAGGGUAUCCUCCAAACAGCCAGUGUCCCUGCACAGAGGGAGGAGAUCCUCCGAGCAUCAGGCCUCAUCCCAUCACAGAGGGAGGGUAUUAUCCAAACAGCCAGUGUCCCUGCACAGAGGGAGGGGAUCUUCCGAGCAUCAGGCCUCAUCCCGCCACCAAGGGAGGGUAUCCUCCAAACAGCCAGUGUCCCUGCACAGAGGGAGGGGAUCUUCCGAGCAUCAGGCCUCAUCCCUGAAGAGAGGGAGGAGAUCCUCCUCACAGCCAGUGUCCCUGUGAAGAAUGAAAACAUUCAUCCACAACCACCUUCCAUCAUCCCCAUGUUGGCACCACUGUGGAAAUGGGAUGGUGGAGCGUGUACUCCACCUGUGGAUUUCUAUUCCAAGAGAAGAGAUGUCCGACUUAGAUAUGUUGAGCAUCCUGCUAUGAUGUCCAUCACCAAGCCGGAACACUCCGAUGCCAACCCUCAGUUCCAGACUGGCACCCGGCCGGUGGCUGAGCCCGAGACCCCUGCUGUUCACAAUAACAGUGGAGGCUGGCUCAGCUGGGUCUUUGGGAGUGGAAGAGCUAACAAGAAGGAGGUUCAUCUACCUGAGGACAAAGACAGAUCUAUUGUCUGGGAUCCAACUCUGCACAGAUGGGUUAACAAAACUGAGCCCAAGGCUGAAAACAAGUGUGUACCACCACCUCCACCGAUGGGGACACAUGGAUAUCAGGGGAACACUGGCAGUGUCCCCAAAGGAGUGAAUCCCUACUCUAUGAAAGCAGCAGGUCUAUGGGGCAGCAGAUACCCCACAAUGCAUUGCAAUGAUGGGACCAACUCAAAGCCUCCAAGACAUGGGGCUGGACUGCUUCCUAGACAGCUCUCUGGCUUGCUCCCUCCUUCACACUUUGACCUCAUGGCACCAAUGGUUGUGCCACCUGACACUCUACACUACUGAGGCCCAAGACAUAAAGUCGCCUGAAAGCUGUGUAGCAAUAAUUCCAGCUUCUGACCAAGAAUCAUGGAUACCUUUCAUGUGAGUACUCACACACCAGAUUUUUUUUACAUACCUCAGAAGGAAGAUACCUCAAUAUCUGGAAGCACUGUCUCAUGUACAACUGUUAAUGCUAUCUGAAAAAUCUAACAAAAUGUUGACUUGAUCGUUUCAUCAAGACCUUCUCAUCACAAGUUGGAACUAGUGGUCAACAUUGGGACAAUGCCGCCCAAAAUAACAGGGACCAACAUUUUCAUGGAGUGAGCAAGACCUGUCAGCAGAGCUCACUGGAGCAGGGAGACAUCCCAUCACCCUUUUGGCGCCUGACAAAGUACACUUUUUUUCUUCUAAAUAACACUAUAGUAACGUCUUCUGCACAAAGUUACAUUCCUAAUAAGAUUGGUGUUAAGUGAGAAAGAAUCCUAAAGAUGGUCCAAUGGGCAUGGUCUGAAGCCUCUCGUCAUCUCAGUAUGUUGAACCACCUGAUUUCUUGCAGGCUUGAGAUUCAGAUCCUGCUGAACGAUGUUAAGCAAUCGAUUAACCACAUGCAGGGGACGCUGAACACCAUGCAGGGGCAGUGUAUUGAGUUGCAGACUGCCAUAUCUAAGGUAGUGUCAGAUGAGUCUCAGAUACAGAAGAAUAAGUCUAUGAUGGUAUGGUGAUAAUGAUUGAGAUGGUGAUUAUAAUAAUGAUGACUAGCGGUACCCCACCCUACGGGCGGUAAAUCAUUGGAUCUGAUUAAUUCAAUUCAAUGCAAUUCAAUCUUUGAGGACUGCAACCAUAGAAAUACAGUUUAUUUACACUAAUAAUAAGCUAUUGUCAACUUCCCGUCUAUGCUUAUCUUGCUCAUUGCUCACUGUUACCCUAUGUGUGCAACUAUUAUUGAUUUCUCACACAAAAAUAAUUUGGUUGCAAAUGUACCUGGGGCCA